AAUUAAAGUUUUUUUUUAUAGAAAAAUGGUUUCAAUCAACUCAAAUGGCAGUUUGGAGAAUGACAGGGACAUUUUAGUGGAUUGUGCUUGGGUGACGGGAUACAGUUCACUGUCCACCCUCGUUAUUAUUUUUAACUCCAUUUUAUUUUUCUCUGUCGGGAAAAACAGUUAUCUUCAUUACUCAACUCACUACACGGUUCUAGUCCUCGCAGUUAGGAAUAUUCUGUAUACAAUUGUCUGUACAUGUAUAUUGUUGUUGACGAAAAUUGAAGAUACACCAUGGAUGCUAAAGUUAUUUCAUAUCCAAACAGAUCAGGAGAGUGGUCUACUUUGUGAAGUUUUGAGUUGCUUAGACUGCUUACUUAGUUCCCUGAUUAUGUUCUAUCUACUAGGCCUGGCAGUUCAUAUGCUCUGCAGGAAGAAUUAUAAACUUUUAUGAGAAUGAUUAUUGUUUUUAGUUUUGAUCUUAUAAAUUAAUAUCUUGUAAUGAUGAGUU